AUGAGAGAUCGUAUACAGGAUCAUAUCGGUUCGCUCAAUUGGGGAUAUCGGGUGCAAAAGAAGGUUGACUACCUUAACGCUUAUGGAGCGUUUACUGGAUCUCACGAAAUCACGUGCACGGACAAGAAGGGAAAACAGGACAAGCUCACAGCCGACAAGUUCUUGGUUGCCAUCGGAUUGCGGCCCAAAUUCCCUGAUGUUCCGGGAGCUAAAGAAUAUACAAUUUCUAGA